AUGGGAACAUCUCGACAGAGACAGAAGCCGGCGCGGCCAGGCUUCCCGUCCUCGCUGUCAGCCUUUGCCGAAGACGAGGAACUGAGUGAAGAUGAACAGGCGUUGCUCCUGGCGAACUUCAGACGCAAGCUGGCGGGGCUGCACGGAGAGCCCGCCGCUGAGGAAGCUUCUGACGAGGAAGAAAAAAUUGGAGACAAGAGACUCGCCGAGUUAGGGUACAAAAGACUUCCCCAUGAACGGGUUCUAACCUCAGCAAAUCAGAAAGCUGGGUUUGUGCCGGAGUCGCGAAACCACACGCGAGGCAUGAUCGCAGUCAACGACGUGGCAGGCUUGGAACAGAAACUGGAGGAAAUACGGUAUAAGCCGCCGGCGGGGAUGCGGCGCGUGCCCUGGAUCGAGACGCUCGCCGUCGUAGCCUCUCCUCAGGCUGAGGCCUCCACGACUGGAGCUGACGGCGAAGAGCCAGUCGGGAACGAGGAAAAGAAGACCCAUCUGCCAGGCGCCAGUCAAGACCUCGCGAGAGAAAAAUACUUCAUUUCGCUGACUACGGAGGCCGCGCGCGUGGGCUUGACUCGGCUUCGGCAGCUCCACCUCAAGUUCACUCGGCCGUCCGACUUCCUCGCAGAGAUGCUAAAAAGCGACAGUCACAUGGCGCGUGUGCGCGAGCGUCUUGCCGCCGAGAAGGACCAGCUGGAGGACUUUGAGGAGAAGAAGCGAAAGAAGAUGAACAAGAAGUUCCAGCGCCUCAGCGGGCAUAAACUGGUUCGCGAACAAGAGGAGGCGCGUCGACGCAACGCCGAGCUCAAAGACAUUGCGGCGUGGAAGAAAGAUCGCGAGCAAAAGGCGAAGAGCUCACGCAGUGGAGACGGUUACCAGGACGCCGAGUCGGCCUUCGACGCGUGGGUCAAGAAGAAGGAUCAGGACAGCCUCGAGGAGGAGCGGGCGCAGAGGCAACUGCGGAAGAAGCGCGCGAGAGGCGAGGUGGAUGCAGACGCAAAGGGCAGCGGGAAGAAGCGGCAGAGAAGCAGAUGGGGAAAGAAGAGGAAGUGA